AUGGACACAUCCAAUUGGUCCAGUCCCAAUGACUACGAAUUGGACAUGAGUAAAGCCUAUGAUCGGGUUGAAUGGAGAUUCAUUGAAGCUGUAAUGACUAGUAUGGGUUUCGAUCAGGUUUGGAUACAAUGGAUAAUGGGUUGUGUGACAACGGUGACUUACUCUUUUAUUCUCAAUGGUGAGCCACGGGGUCAACUUGUUCCAUCUAGAGGAUUGAGACAAGGAGACUCUAUCUCUCCUUAUCUAUUCCUGUUAUGUUCGGAAGGGUUAUCAAGGAUGUUGACAAAGGCAGAAGAGAGUGAUCAAUUGCAUGGAGUCAAAAUUGCGUCAGAUGCUCCUUCUAUAAACCACCUGUUUUUUGCGGAUGAUUCUUUCAUCUUCAUGAAGGCAGAGGAUGAGGAGUGUGGGAGGCUGAAGGAUAUUUUGAAGUGUUAUGAAGAUGCAUCUGGGCAACAAGUUAACUUCCAGAAGAGUAAGAUUUCUUUUUCGAAGAAUGUCAGUAUGAUUGUUCAAGAAGAGCUUGCAGCUAUGUUCGGGGUAGAAAGGGUUGACAAGCAUGAUAAAUACCUUGGUCUCCCAACUGAAGUUAGCUACUCAAAGACGGAAGCUUUUCAAUAUAUUAUGGAGAAGACUAGAAAUAAGAUGAAAAGCUGGAAGGACAAGACGUUGAGUAUGGCAGGUAAGGAGGUUAUGAUCAAAUCGGUGGUUCAAUCUGUUCCUACCUAUGUGAUGAGUUGUUUUGAGUUGCCAAAACACCUUUGCCAAGAGAUGCACCGUUGUAUGGCAGAAUUUUGGUGGGGUGACUCGGACAACGGAAGGAAGAUUCAUUGGAUUGCAUGGGAUAAGAUGUGUGUACCCAAGGAGGAAGGGGGGUUGGGUUUUAGAAAUAUGGAGUUAUUUAACCAAGCUCUACUCGCAAAACAGGGAUGGAGAAUUUUGAGGUGUCCUGACUCUCUUCUUGCAAGGACCUUGAGAGCUAAGUAUUUUCCCAAUUCUGAUUUCUUGCAUGCUUGUGUCCACCCGGGUGAUUCAUAUACUUGGCGUAGUCUGAUGAAGGGGAAGGAUCUUCUUGUGAAGGGGGUUCGAUAUCAAGUGGGUUCGGGGGAGGCAAUUAACGUAUGGUCUGAUCCUUGGAUACCAAGACCUUAUACUUUCAAGCCCUUUUCUGCGGUGAUGGAGGGGUUGGAAGAUAUGAGGGUUGCUGAUCUGAUUGAUCCGGAGACGAGGGAUUGGAUGGUGGACUGGUUAGAGGAGCUUUUCUUCCCUGAAGAAGUUGAGCUGAUUACUAAAAUCCCUCUUAGCUUGAGGAAUCCAGCUGACAGACUCAUAUGGCACUAUGACAAGCAUGGACUAUAUAAUGUGAAGAGUGGCUAUCAUGUUGCUCGUUGCAUGAGCACUAUGUCAUCUCAAGGGUCUUCUUCUCAUGCAAGUGGAGAUAGCAGUUUGUGGAAAACAAUAUGGGCUGCAAAAGUCCAACCUAAGCGGUUCCAUCCUCGUCGAGCAGUGGGAAGGGACAAUAGGAGGAUGAUGACAAAAUGGGUCUACCCUCCUCGAGGCCGGCUAAAGAUCAAUGUGGAUGGGGCAUUUCGGGGUAAUAAUGAGGCUGGUGGUGUUGGGGUGGUGGUCCGUGAUGAGCAGGGCAGGUUCAAGGGAGCAUGGUCCCGAUCCAUCUCUAAUCUAUGCUCAGCUUACCAUAGUGAAGCAGAGGCCUGCAGAGUGGGCUUGCUGAUGGCUAUUCGCCAGGGUUGGAGACAGGUUGAGUUUGAAAGUGAUUGUUCCACCCUUGUUGAGGCUCUUAACAAUCAAGGGGAGGACAAUUCUGAGGUUGCAUCAGCAACUAGUGGACAUGAAAUUUUGAGGGAGUCUAUAGGAGAUGGAGUAAGUCCAAAUGCAAAUAGUGACCAGCCAUCAUUGGAACAUGAUUCUCCAGUAAUAUCCCCUUCACAAAAUGGAUUUGAAAGGGUUCUCAUGGCAAAAAGAGCAAAGCAAAUGAAAGCAAGUGCAAAGCUCACAAAAUGA